CAUACAUAUUGCUAAUAUCAACGGCGCGUCACAAUGCCACAACGCGGCGUCUCACCGACCCCUUCAGAUGGAGAGAUUGAUAUUUUUGGGUCACUAUACCCCGGCGACGGCGAAAACGAGAAUGGCGGCAACGAUGGCAGCGCGGACUUCGACUUCGACGGCUUGUUAAACGGCCCAGAGCCCGGCAACGAUGACAACGAUGAGGCCUUCAUUGCCCUUCAACAGGCAGCUUCUUUUCGCAAAGCAUCCAAUCUGAAGGGCAGAACAGUCAAGAAGGGUGGAGGUUUCCAGGCAAUGGGUCUGAACAGCAACCUCUUAAAGGCCAUCACACGGAAAGGUUUCUCGGUCCCAACUCCGAUCCAACGUAAAGCCAUUCCUUUGAUUCUCGACAGAAAAGAUUUGGUAGGCAUGGCUAGGACAGGUUCCGGAAAGACAGCAGCCUUCGUUAUUCCUAUGAUCGAGCGAUUGCGCGCACAUAGCGCCAGGUUCGGAACACGAGCGCUUAUCCUUUCACCCUCUCGAGAACUUGCGAUCCAGACUUUGAAGGUUGUGAAGGAAUUCAGCAGAGGGACCGACUUGAAGUGUGUUUUACUUGUUGGUGGUGAUAGUCUGGAGGAGCAGUUCGGGUCUAUGGCUGCCAAUCCCGAUAUUGUGAUCGCAACACCUGGACGAUUCCUUCACUUGAAGGUUGAAAUGUCUUUGGACCUUUCUUCUAUUAAAUAUGUGGUUUUCGAUGAAGCUGAUCGUCUGUUUGAAAUGGGUUUUGCGGCACAACUGACAGAGAUUCUUCAUGCACUUCCCCCUUCAAGGCAAAGUUUGCUCUUCUCUGCGACAUUACCUGCCUCUUUGGUUGAAUUCGCGCGCGCCGGUCUACAAGAUCCAAGUCUUGUGCGACUUGAUGCCGAGACGAAGGUCUCUCCUGAUCUAGAGAGUGCUUUCUUCUCUGUCAAAGGUGCCGAAAAGGAGGGGUCUUUGUUGCAUAUACUCCACGACGUUAUCAAGAUGCCAGUUGGAGCCCCAAUGAACCCAGAGGAUUCCGAAAAAGGGUCCAAGAAGCGAAAACGGGGUGCAGAUGGUUCAAGCGGCAAACCCACAGAACAUUCCACGAUCAUCUUUACAGCAACCAAGCAUCACGUCGAGUACCUCGCCAACUUACUGAUUUAUGCCGGUUUCGCUGUUUCUUAUGUCUACGGAUCCCUUGAUCAGACUGCGCGAAGAAUCCAGGUCGAAGAUUUUCGAAGAGGCAAGACAAACAUUCUAGUCGUUACUGAUGUUGCUGCACGUGGUAUCGAUAUUCCAGUUCUUGCCAAUGUCAUCAACUUCGACUUCCCUCCUCAGCCCAAGGUUUUUGUUCAUCGAGUUGGUCGUACUGCUCGAGCAGGCCAACGUGGUUGGAGUUACAGUCUUGUAAGAGAUACUGAUGCUCCUUAUCUUCUUGACCUUCAGUUGUUCCUUGGUAAGAAGCUUGUUAUUGGCCAGGAGACCAAGAACCCAUCAUUUGCUGAUGAUGUGGUUGUUGGCGCAUUAAAACGAGAUCCUGUGGAAGCUCAGGUAGAAUGGUUCAACAAAGCUUUGUACGAAAGUGAGGACAUCUCAGCGCUACGAGGAGUUGCUAUCAAGGCAGAGAAGCUCUACUUGAGAACAAGGAACUCGGCAGCUAGUCAAAGUGCGAAGCGAUCGAAAGAGCUGGUCGGAAGUGAGGGUUGGACACAACUUCAUGCACUCUUUGGGGAAGAUGUUGACGGAGCUGAACAAGCGCGAGCCAAUAUGUUGGCUAGAAUCAGUGGUUUCAGACCUCAGGAGACUAUCUUUGAGAUUGGCGGUCGCCGAGACAAGGGAACGACUGAAGCUGCCGAAGUAAUGAAGCAAUUGCGAAAGAGAAUUACGCCACGAAGACAAACGGAGAAGAAGGAUGAGGACGAGUUCGACGGCAUUGAUGACGAUGUGCCAGCUGGUGCCGAGGGAGACGCCGUGUCUGAUGAAGAUGAAGACCAGAUGGAGGUCGACGAGGCCCCUGAGGAGUCGGAUGAUGGCUUGGAGGUCACCGUAUCCAACACCAACUCAAAGAAGGGACAGACAGAUUGGCGAGACUCAGAAGUGUUCAUGUCUUACACGCCUCGAACAUUCAACGCCGCCGAGGAACGUGGCUACGGCGUGUCAUCUGGUGGCCAGGACUCUUCCAACUUUGUGGAGGCUGCUCGCGGCGUGACCAUGGACCUUACAAAUGAUGAGAACGCCAAGAGCUUCGGUGAGCCAACUCGCUCAAAGAUGCGUUGGGACAAGAAGUCCAAGAAGUAUGUGUCCCGAGAGAACGACGACGACGGAUCCAAGGGUGCCAAGAUGAUCCGUGGCGAGAGUGGUGUCAAGAUUGCAGCCAGCUUCCAAAGUGGCCGCUUCGACAAGUGGAAGCGUGCCAACCGUCUCGGCAAACUCCCUCACGUCGGCGAGGCAGAGCGUCCUGGCGGUGGUGCGAACCAUGUCGCCCACAUUCCCUCUGGUGUCCGCUACAAGCACAAGCAAGAGAGGGCACCAAAGGAGGCAGACAAGUACCGCGACGACUUCGAGGUUCGCAAGAAGCGUGUCGACGAGGCGAGAGAGAAGCGCGUGGGUCGUUUCCGCGAUGGCAUGGGAAGCAAGAAGGAACUCAAGGGCAGGGACGAUAUCCGCAAGGCGAGACAGGAGAAGGAGAAGAAGAGGCUCAAGAACGCUCGACCUACCAGGAAGAAGUGAUUUGUCGAUUAGAGUGGCAUCUACGCAUGGCGUUUGGUCGAUUUAUAGAAAAGAUAAUGCGACUUGUUUCAUUGAGAAUUCUUACCCCUGAACAUUAUAUGCGAUGUUGGUUGGUUCAGUCACCCACUCCGCUCUCCAUAUCAGCCAAACAUGCAUUUCAUAUUGCAAAUUUCACUGUUUGUUUUCCCAUAGAACCAGCACUGUCCCUCUACAAGUUUUUUGAAGUGACCAGAAUAUCAGUGGACAGGACACAUACAGAUUUGCAUACCCUAGGGACACAGGGACAUUACACAAGACGCUCGGUGGACCUCAAAACAGAUGACGAUUUAGCACCUAGCUGUAUGAAUAGAUAAACAAUGCGAG